AAUGGUACACUCCGGAGGGCGCGAGGCUACGAACUGUUUUGGUGAAGAAUCCAGCAUCACUCUGAUUACGGGAAGAAGCCUUUGCUACACUUGUUUUAACUUACUUUUACUUACAUAAUUUGACAUUAUAUCGCAGAAUAAUACGGACGACAGGGAAGAUGAGCAAUGAGAACACGGAGGAAGCGGCGGCGCUGCAGGCUCAGAUCGAGCAUCUCCAGGCUGAAGUUUCAGCAUUGCGGCGCCAACAGAAGGACGACCAGAAGGACGUAACGUUCCACUUCAGAGGACAGAUGCAGAACGCCAUGUUGAGUCUGUGUGGACAGAGACAAGGAGACGAGAAGGUGCUGUCCAUGCUGAUGGAGGAAGUGGAGGAGCUGGAGGAGGACCUGAAGCUGCAGACUCAGAUGAAUGGCAUCAGUCUGACCGGCUGCACCACAAAGACUCUGCAGAGCAGCGGCAGGAAGCUGGUCCAGCAGCUCUGUGUCUCAGGUCACUGCUCUGAACUGCUCUUCCAGGUGGAGUUCCAGCUGUCUGAGGUCAAUGAGGCCUCGGGCUGCGUGAGGACCAUCAGCGAGCUCAACGUGGUGAUCGACGCCGGCGAGAUGCAGAACUUCAGCAGUUUCCUGUCUGGGGUGGAGGAGAGCAGGGAUCUUCUGCUGUUCUUCAGGACUCUCAGGAGCUUCUCGGACAGAUGUGACGACCGGCGCAGAACCUUCCAGCACUUCCAGGAGAAGUAUCCAGCAGUCGUCUCACUUCCUGCGGGCUGCAGGUCAGAGGUCAUGCACCUGAGCCACCCUGAGCUUCCUGGGUGCGUGCUGCUCGUCCAUUGGUCAGUGCACGUGUCCAGAGAGGGCGGAGUCUCGCCGAAGGUCGAGCUGCUGACAAAGAUCCCCGAGAGAGCGCUGCAGCUGUUCCCCUCGCAGGCGGUAGGCGGCGCCGCCGAGGCCUUUCAGAGCCUGCUGAGGAUUCUGGGAGCUGAAGCGGCGCUGGAGGCCGUCAUCAUGGCGGUCAGCCUUUCAUAGGACACACAACUCACAUCUUUGUGUAAAAAAAAACAAUAUUCUUCCUUUGUUUUACUGACUGAAGUAAAGACGCGCGGCUCCGGUUUAGUCUCUUAGAAAUCUUUAUUCAAUAGAAAGAGCUCGACUGUGACGAUUGUAAGAGCCGAGCUCACUGUUCAAAAUCUACAAAAAUAAAUAAUUUAAAUACAAAUGCAGGACAGCAGUUUCACUGUUGUGUUUUUCAAAUAGUUUUCUCCUCAGAUAUUUACACACACAUACAGGUAUUCGUCUCACAGUGCUGUGAUGUUUCUGCAGGGCAGCAGGCAACAGACCAAUCAGAACGCAGCUCACCUGCCUCAGGACCGUUUCCCCUGAUUACUGUAACAUAGUCGUAAAGGAAAUCGCGUUUGAGCCUCAGUUUGUCAGUUUAAGAUCUCAUGACACCUGAAUAACAUUGGUCCUGAAUUUCCUCCUGUAGGACUUCUGCUCCACGUUGACUCUAAACACCUGCUGAUGGGUGUAAAACAAGCGAGAAAGUGGAGCUUGAAUGUUUUCUUUGUUGUUAACGGACCGUUGAUAGUUACCCAUCUCUUCAUCAGACACAGAUGGGACUUUGUUUAAUUACAACGUUCAGAGAGAAAGUGAAAGGUCGUAUCUUACUGACAGUUUAAAAACUUUAAAUUAUUCUGAAAGCUUCAAUUUGGCCAAUUAGUUUUGAAAUUAGCUAGAAAAAGCAAAUAGAAAUGGAAACCAAAGCGGUUUGUUCAAGAUACCCAAACGCUACAAUAAUGGUUCUACGGUUAAAAGGUUUAUCGUUACGCAGCCGUCUGAGAACGUAAACGAGUAUUAGACAAACUGAGGCCACUUCUAAGAUUAUGAAAAUAAGCCACGGUGACUCAGCGGUAUCCCAUGAGCCUCUGCUUCCCGCCAUGCUGCCCGGUUCAGCUCGCCGCCCUCCGGCCUUUCUUCAACUCCUCCACCGCCCGGACAACGAAGGCGUAAGAAAAAAAACAAAAAAA